AUGGUUCAUGCAGCUUCAUUGAAGCUCAAGGACACGUCGUGUACCGGCCUGGUCAAGACCCAAGAUGGAGUCCAUCUCAACUACACGCAAAGCGGGCCGCUCAACGGUCCGCAGAUCCUUUUCAUCCCCGGCUGGCGACAGACUGCUGCAGAAUGGAAGAAGCAAGUCAAGUACUUCUCUUCCGCCGGAUACCGCGUCACAGCAUACGACAUGCGCGGCCAUGGCGAGUCUGAAAAGCCAGACUUUGGAUACCGCAUCAGCCGUUUCGCUGCUGACUUGAACGACCUGCUGAACCAACUCGACCUCAAGGACGUCAGCAUCGUCGCUCACUCUAUGGGGUCCUCCAUCUCGUGGGCUUGGUGGGACCAGUACCCCGAGGCUCGCGACCGCAUCAGCCACUUUGUCUUUGUCGACCAAUCCUCCGUCCUCACGGCCGACCCUCACUGGACCGAGGCCCAGGUGAAGCAAGUAUCAGCACUGUUCACUCCGAUCGGAGUCUAUGACCUCGCAUUUAACAUGACGGACGCCACGCCGCCCUUUGUCAGAAGCAUGUUCACCGAUUCCAUCUCCGAGGCCGAUUUCGAAUGGGUUCUUGCUCAGAACAGGAAGAUCAGCGAUAAGAACGCUGCUACCCUUGUCAUUGAUCAUGCAUUCAGGGAUUGGCGUGACGUUCUCCCCCGGAUCGACGUCCCCUCUUUGGUUAUUGCUGGCGAGCUCAGUGUCAACGCAGCUCCGGGUAUCGCAUGGGUGGCAGCACAAAUACCGGGCGGUAGAGCAUAUACUUUCACCAAGGCGGAGAAGGGCAGCCACUUUAUGUUUUGGGAAAACCCUGCGAGGUUUAAUAGCAUUGUUGAAGGCUUCAUCACAUCUUGA